GCGUCUAAUAUAACGACACAUUUAUAUAAUGUACAUACAAGUUAUUAAAUAAAAUUAUAUGUAUAUGUACACAUAAAAUUUUAUUAUUGCCUUACGAAAUGGAUUAUUUCAAUUUUUUCUUUUCCUUCAUAUUCCGAUAAGUUUAUCUUUUAUUUCCUAUGUAUUAUCACAGACGAAUAUGUAUUAUUUUGUAUUUUGUAAAAGUUUUAGUUUUUUAGACAACAGGAAUAUACCAUAAAAAACAAAAGCAACUCUUAUUACGAACUUUUAUCCUACCUGCCAAAUUAUAUGACGUCUCGACCAAUUAAUAGUAAAAAUUUUAGUAAUUAAUAAACAAUUAAAUUAAUCGACAUUGAAUAUGUGACAAUUUUUAAUCGCAUCGUAAUGAAUCACGAUUACUAGUCUUACAAAAUACUUGGUAGUAUGAAGAUGUAAAAGGCGCUUUUCAAAAUAUCAACCAAAGUAACAUUUAUUAACAGAAGGAAAUAAAUUAUUCAACAGGAGAAAAUGAGUCGACGGCCUCAGUUAACAAAAACUGAACAACUUCGUCAGGCCAGAACUGCAUCACUUGUAAGAGAUAUCGAACUAAGGGAAGAUGCAGCAUCCAGACACCAAAGAGACUCAUUCAAAGUACGCAGGCGGAUGGUUAGACCUGAGCCAAAAAAAGUAGACUUCAGUAAACCAGGAAUGACUAAAGCAAUGCUAGCUAGAGUAAAACAUGCUCAGAAAUUUAAAGAAGAAUAUGAACGUAAGCAAGAAUCAGUUACAUCAGUUCGAACACCUAAAAGGACACCUGCACCAAUAGGAGGUGAUGCCAGGAUGGGCAGGGAAAGAACACCAGGUAGAAAGACUCAGCGUAUAACACCAGCUACAACUCCUCGAAGAGGAGUCUCACCAUCUAGAAGAGAAUUUGAAACUGUAGCCAGUCGUUUACCUUCUCCCAUAAAAACUCCAAAGACACCAAGAUUACCUGCAAAAGCUCUACCUAGAAAAACUACUGAAUUAGCUAAAAUGAUGAAUGCUGAUAUAAUUCAGGCUGAUCCAAUUGGUGAAGGAAUAAUUAGUAAUAUUGUGAUACCUCCUGGAAUAGUGAGCGAAGAUCGUACUACCAUUGUUAAUAUAUCACAACCACCUGUGGAUCCUGAAUCAAAAAUAGUAUCACAAGUGGCUAAUCGUUCGAUUCAAGUGAUCAGUGAAACUCUUGAUGAACAAGAUGCUGCUGAAUCUGCAGCGGUACAAAAUAGACUAACAGAAUUACAACAAGCUAGAAGAGAUUUUGUUAUUGCAGUUGCAAAUGUUGGUGGAAAUGCUCUUCAUCUUGAAGAUGAAAGUCGUCCCACCACUGUUCUUGAUUCUACUCGUAUAUCCCCUGUACAUCAACCCACUCCACAAAAAAAGAUUAUACGAGUCCCUGAGUUAGAGGACCUUGAAUAUACUAUCGAUCACCCAGAUAUUAUUGCUGCGCGUGAAUAUAUGCAAAAAUUUAAAGCUGACAUGGAAGCAAGAGAAGCAGCUAAAAGAAUGGAAGAAGAAUUUGAAAGAAUGGCAGCAGCAGAACAUAUGUCAGAUGAAUUAGAUUUAGAUAUUCCUUUUGAAGAAGAAAUUUACCAAGAGAGAGAUAUCUCUUGGGAAGAAGAUGAAGGUGGCAUGGCUAUGCCUCGUCCAUCUAGAAUAAAAGCUCAAAUUUCUCCUAUUCCUAGACAACAAAGACCUUAUCAAUAUGAACCCUUUGAGCCAGAACAAUUAGAAAAAUUCUUUGAUGUUCAAACUUAUCCACCUUGCCCACAAUGUGGGCCACCACCAGGUAGGGAACACUUACAUCCUGACUUGUGGGAAUUGGAAGACCCAUGGUACAAAAGACCUCCAGAACCUGAUAUGCCAGACUUAAUAGAGUUUGAAGAAUCUGACCUAAUACGUUUCUAAAGUUUACCAUAUACAAUUUUUUAUAACAAUUUGUUGUAAAAUAUUGAUAUCUAAUAUAAUGUAUAACUAUUACACACAUGUAAAUAAUAAUAAUAGUGAUAAUUAUUUUUUAAUAAUGCAAUGUGUAAUCACCAAAAUUUCAUAUUUAACAAAAGCUGUUAAACAUAAAAUUUUUUAUUAAUUAAAAAAUGAAAGUCAUUCAUAAAUUUAUGUUUGUGUAAUAUUAUUUAUAUAUACAUAAAAUAGGUUUUUAUUGCUUGUAUUUUUCAACUAAAUUUAUGCAAAACCGAUGUUGUAAAUUUAUUGAUAAAUAUA